CACCCUUACGCGAGUGGGGAUGGUGUCUAUAAAAGCAUGCGCAGCCGACUUUGCUUCGUGUAUUUUACAUUCAGCAAGCAACGUGUAACGUUUUCGCUCGGGACGGUGUUUCGUGUUUGACGCCGACUAUAUUACACUCAAACAGUGACGCGUGUGUGCCCCUGCUACGCUAUUAGCGUGUGCCAAAUCCAUAUAUCCGUGUGCGAGACACAAACUCCGCAAACAAGCGCUUGAAUUACGCAAUAACGGCUACCAAGUGUGAAACGGUGGUGAUAACAAACAAAGCAGACAAAAUGGUGAUAGCGACCAAGAUCCGUACCAGCAGCAUUAGCAGCACGAUUGAGGGUGGUGACAUUGACGCCAAGUUGGCGAACCUGUUCCUCGAUUCGACGACCACCGGCAAAGAGAACGUUGGUGGUGGCGGUGGCGGUGGCGGCGACGGUGGCAUGAUGAUGGUGGAACCGAUCGGGGCCACCGUCCGCCGGGCGCUGGUUGCCGCAAGCCGGGAGGACCGUGCCAUCGUCGGAUUGUCGGAAUCGAUAAACGCACUCUCGAAGACGCCGGAGGAUUUUCUCUUCUGCUUUCUGGCCGCCUCGGGCAAUCCCGCCAACCACAUGCAUCAGGUGCUGCUGGAGGCGUUCUGUUUCGAGCAUGAUAUUUACAUAAUUAAGGUUGAUAGUGCAGAAAAGUUAAGCCGCAUGCUCGGGACGCCGCGCGUUGAGUCCUGUGCCUUGCUGCAAAAGAGUUGGUCCGAGGGACGGACGGAAACCAUCACCGACGUGGAGGACCAGCUCGUCGACUACUGCGAGGAGCAUUGGGAAGCUCCAAUCAAGCCAAUCGUUAAGCUACCAGAAAAGUAACCCUCGCCACCUGCACUGUCCUCAGUGACCAAUGCCUACUGAGAAAACACAACAAAGCUGAAAAAACACCUUGACGACAGGUCAAAGUGUCCCGCGGAGAGGAGACUCAUGUCCGAGCUGCUCCUUCUGAUCCGUUUGCCUGCGAAUGGAUGGCGAAGCGGUUGGAACGGUUCCGACGGAACAGAAAAAGUGAGCGAGAAAACGUGUGCAUUCCUGAAACUGUCUAAUCGAUUGCUAUAAUGCGGUUUGAUUUCACUACGGUGCGAAAUCACGGUGCAAGUGAAAUCUACCGGGUGUGUGCGUCGAUAAAUCAUUGUGCUGCACGAGUGAUCAACAGACUUAAGGGAGCAAGAACUAUUAGUGCGAUGGAGAUGAUGCAAAUGGACGCGACAGUGUUACAAACACAGUGUUUUUACAACAGUUACAAGAACAUUACAACAUUAACGCCGAAGUGUGUGUGCGUGUCGUUAUAGGCACCACUACCAUCACAAGUGCUACACUAUUGCUACCGUUUAUGUUACUACAGCAUAUAAUGUAGGUUUAAAACCCCCAACUAAACAUGUGUAAUAAAGCAAACGAGACAACUUUUGUGAAUGAAAUUCAUAA